CGAAACGACGGAGCUAAAAGGGGCAUAUAUGGAUGGAGCGUCUUCCAACCUCGCAGUCUGCAUAACUUCUUGAAUUGAUGGAUUUUUCUGCUUGUAGAACUGACGGGAUUGCUUCUCCGUAGCUCGUAUCCUUCUCCGUUACCGGCAUCAGUAUGCAUUUACUAAUUAGUUUCUGAAACACUUAAAUUGGUGAGGAACAGAUCAUGGAAGCCCAGAGCUGAUUCUACCCUUCAUCUGUUCUGAAUCGGAGUACUUGGAUUGUUCAAAUGGAGGAUCAGAUGGAAAUGAAAGAGGGGAGCAAGCGAAGUGCCCCGAUGGAGGAUGGAAUCGACACAAUCCAAGGAAGCAAGAGGACUGCUUCUGCUCCUUUACAGUGGAGCCAAUGGCAGUUGCUUGAUUCCAUUCUUCCAACUGGUGGAUUUGCUCAUUCUUUUGGCCUGGAGGCAGCGAUUCAGUCCUGCAUAAUAUCUGAUCCUGAAGGUCUUCGUACUUACUUGGUACAUAUGUUGGAAAAUACUGGGAGCUUACUCCUUCCAUUUGUGCAUUCUGCUACAGUGUGCCCUAAUUUGGAAACCUGGAAGAAUCUCGACAGAAGGCUUGAUGCAACUCUAACUAAUGAAGUGAGUCGAAAGGCAUCAAUUUCUCAGGGAUCAGCUCUCAUGAGAGUGGCUGCAGCUGUGUAUACAGAAAUCCCAACUCUUAAAACCAUGAGGGAUGCACUUAUUGCUUCUAGGGAUGCGUGUUUUCACCACGCUCUUGUUUUUGGGCUUAUUUGUGGACUUUUGGGGAUGGAUACAGAUACUUCUCAGAGAGCUUACAUGUUUAUUACAAUGAGGGAUGCUAUCUCAGCUGCAACAAGGCUAAAUUUGAUUGGACCUCUGGGUGCAGCAGUACUGCAGCAUCAGGUGUCUGUUGUUGCUGAAACUAUAUUGAUAAAAUGGAUGAAUUGCCCAGUUGUAGACGCAUGCCAAACAGCUCCUUUACUUGAUACUGUGCAGGGUUGUCAUAGCUACCUGUUUUCAAGAAUGUUCUGCUCGUGAUGCCGUAUGGGCCUCAAACAAAUUGAGCGAACGCAUCGUCAUCCAACAGAUAUUAAAUGUCUGGUAUUUCUCUUAAAGCUGUGGUUAAUAUUUAUUGCAUUUUUUGUUUCAAUUCCCUUCUACAAUUGAUUUAUAGUUUUAUUGUUCAGAAGAGGUUUAUGAAAAUUGCUUUGACUUCGACUUUUCCCAAGUUUGUAUGUUACCAUAAUCUGGAGUGAUACUAGUCUAACUCUAGUGAUGUUUUUAUGACAUACUUUGUAAUCGCAACACACUGCUAUAGUGUUAAUAAUGACUGCUGGACUGCUGGUAAAUUCAAGAUACUUAGAAGUUUUUGUUUC